GGUCUAUCUAUUAUCUUAAAUCGUGUGUUUAGCAACAGCUGCAUGUGGCAUACGAUAGUUGAUAACGAUUACGAAAUAAUAACAACAUUGUGUUUUAACGUAUCACCGACGAUAAACAAUCGGAAACAUUAUUUCGCACGGAGCGCAAAAGUUUUUCGCGACACCGACCGCCACCGCGUCAGUCAGUGCCCCGCGAAAUGAAAACUAAAGAGAAUUAAAUAAAUAUUUAUAUUUCAAUAUUCCGUUACAGGCUACACAUUAUACAGUCUCUCCUCCAUUAUGCGGUUCUGUUAUUUGUUUUACGUAUAAUAAUUAUUGUUUGGCACGCAUAUGCAUUACAUACCCAAUUUUUAGUCGUGCGAAUUAUACGUCUGUUUUAAUAACGACUUUUGAACAAUGACAUGUUUGUUAAACACAGGCCACAAAUACGUGGGACAAGCCACAUCGCCACGACAAUAUGAAUAUUAAAUAAAAACAGCGAUAGGUACUGCCUACCUAUUCGAAAUCGGGCAACUCUACAGCACUUGAUAUUAUAAUCGUAUUUAUUUUCUCCAUCGCCCUGCGUAAUACGAUGCGUUUCACGUUAUUACUGACGGCCAUCUCGCUCGUGACGACCGAUGUCUGUUCGGCCACCGACCCACUGGCUGAAGAAUAUGGCGAACUGGUGUUUUCAUCUCUGCUUUAUAGACACGGUGAUCGAGCGAUAACUGAUUUAUCUUACCCUAAAGAUCCUUAUAGAAAUACAUCUUACUGGCUCAUGGGUUUUGGACAAUUGACUAAUCAAGGUAAAGAAAGGCAUUAUGAAUUUGGAAAAUGGAUAAGAAAUAGAUAUAGUGAUUUUUUGCCCGUUGAAUAUUCAAGUGCAGAUAUAUAUAUUCGUAGUACUAGUGUUGAUCGUGCUUUAAUGAGUGCUGCUGCUAAUCUAGCUGGUUUGUAUGCACCAACUGGAGAUCAAGUAUGGAAUAACAAUGUGGGAACUCUAUGGCAACCAAUUCCUAUUCAUUCAAUUCCACGAGAUCUUGAUGAAUCUUUGUCAUUUGGUAAUAAUUGUCCUCGGUUCACAAAAAAUUUUGAUGACCUUCAAAAUUUACCAGAAAUCCAACGAUUUAAUGAAGAUCAUCAAAAAUUAUAUAAUUACCUUAAAGAAAAUAGUGGCAUGAAUUUUACUAAUUUAAUUGAUGACACAUUAACUUUAUAUGAUAUAUUGUUAGUUGAGACACAAUUUAAUUAUACUUUACCCAAUUGGACCAAUUCUGUAUUCCCUGAGAAGUUAAGAGAAGUUUCUGAAUUGGCAUUUCUAUUGCCAACAUAUACACCAAUAUUGAAGAAACUAAGUUGUGGUGUAUUGCUUAAUGAAAUUGUUGAAAACAUGAAACAAAAACGUAAUGGAACUAUGAAAACUAAUUACAAAUUAUGGGUAUACUCAGCUCAUGAUACCAAUGUUGCUGGGUUAUUGCAUUCCUUAAAUGUGUACAAUUAUAAAUUACCACCUUAUGCUGCUGCAGUAUUUUUAGAACUUAGAAAAAGUAAAAACUCAAAUAAUACUUAUGUUGUUACUGUAUCAUACAGAAACACUUCUACUCAUGAUCCUUAUUUGCUUCAUGUUCCGGGUUGUGAUUCAAUAGCAUGUGAUCUAGACCAGUUUAUUGAUGUUGUAAAUCCAAUUCUACUUACAGACUGGUAUAAAGAAUGUAAUAAGUCAGAUGAAAAUAAUAUUUUGGCUUAUUUUGGAAUUAUUGCAGUAAUAUUGAUAGCUGUUUCUAUUAUAUUUUUUACGUUGAACAAAAAAUAUUUCAUUUGUUAUUGUGGCAGAAAUUAUCAAAAAUUUUAAAUGGCAUGGACUGAAACUUUUUUUUAUGCAUCACGACGACUUUAUUGACUUAAUAUGUAUUGAAGAAAAUAUCUUAUUUUAUAUACUAAGCAUGCUAAAUAUUUUCAUAUUACUUUUCAACAUUUUAUGAUAGUUGAUGUUAUUUAUCACUCAUACUACAAAUGGGUGUUUAUAAUUUUUUUUUUAGGUUACAACUUUAAAAUUAUGUUAGAUAAUAGAUAGUAUGAUUACUGUGUUAUAGUAGUUAGAUUGUAGUAUUUGUUUUAGUAUUUGAAUAGAAAUAUAGACUCCUUAUAUUAUGAAAUAUAACUGACGCCAGUGUAUCAAAUCUAGAAAAUUAAUUAAAGCUUAGAAUAAUA